AUGGGGCAGCGGCGGCGGUGGGGCUCGGCCGUGCUGCUCCUUGCCCUGGGGCACCUGGCCGGGCUGCUGGCCUCGGCCGCGGCGUGCGGGAACGUUUACCGAGGCUUCUCCGACUGCGUCUUAAAGCUGGGGGAAAACAUGGCCAUGUACGAGGGGGCGGAUGGCGUCGAGCCGCAGGGAUUGCGCCGAGUCUGCGGGUACUGGGACGAGUUUCACGCGUGCGCCCUGACAGCGCUCUGGCAGUGCCACAAGGAAGCAGCGGCCGUCUGGGAGAUGCUGAAAAGGGAAUCUCGAAAGAUGAAGUUUCCAGGCAGCUUGUUUGAGCUCUGCAGCCCUGGCACAGCCCAGAGCUUCGCCUGGACACACGUCCCAAAUGUCCCCAUCCUCGGGAUCCCUCUUGUGGUCACUUGGCUCAGCUUAUAAACAGCAGCUCUGUGAGUAUCACAGCCGAGAGGUGGUGGUGGCACGCGUCACGACGUCUUUCUGGUCAUACGCUCGUGUUUCUAAACCUUUGAGGAUGGCGCGCGGUGCCUGGUGAAUGCUUGGCUCUGCUGUCCCAUGCCUAUGAAACUUGGAAGAACUCAUCGGGAUCUCCUGGGCUUUGCUGUUUCUCCAUGAUUUGGGAUAAUGCUUGUCCCCUUCUGCCUCAAGGUGCAGGCUCAGCUCUGGAGGACUUGGGGGCUGUAGAGGUGGGGCAGAGGAUCUGGGGGAAAAAUGGGAAAUCGGGCCUGAACACUGGACUCUUUUGCACCCUUCUAUGCAGAUUGGAAGGAAGCUUUUUUAUUACCUGCCUGUUUCCACCAGAUCAAGUCUCCAGGUCUUUGAUUCGGGUGCUACAAACAAGAUGGGAGUUUUUACCACUGAUAUUUGUGAGGUGCAAGGGAAGGUGUCUAUCCAGUCAGAGGCAGAAAGGAGUCCUUACUGCUUGGGUACAGGCCUUUUUUCUUUGAGUGAACCUCCCACUGAAGAAUAAUCACAGGUGCAUGACUUCUCCUGCGUCCAUCUGGAUUCCUGAGUAGCUUUUGUUGUGUGUAAAUCCCUUUUCUAAGGAAAUAGAAGACACAUAUUAGGGGAGAGAGAGGGAGUGUCAAGUUAGCAAAAGAAAGGAUUUACAGUAACUCCUUUGCUUUAAAGCUUUUCCCCAAGGUACCCGUAAGCAGCUCUGUGGGUGACAGUGUGUAAUUCCAGAGUAUUAAAACUUGUCAUGGAGCCUGCAUCUGUCAAGGUA